AUGCCCCAAUUACCGCCUUACGAGUACACCGGCCCGGUUGACUGCAGCAUCCCAUCUGAUCGCACGCAAUUGAGAGGAAAGAGUGUUAUUGUCACUGGAGGUGCAAAUGGCAUGGGAGAGGCCACUGUCCGUGCAUUUGCGGCAGAGGGGGCCUUUGUGAAGAUUGCCGAUGUCAACGAAGAACGUGGUAGAACUUUCGCGGCUGAAUUGCGACCAAACGCGCAAUUCGUCAAAUGCAACAUUUCGUCGUGGGAAGAGCAAGUGCAAGUCUUCGAAGCGGCCAUUUCCAGCUCUCCACAUAAGAGUUGUGAUGUUGUCAUCGCCAACGCGGGCAUCAGUCGCGCGAGCGGAGAUGAUCUGUGGCCACUGGAUGAUCCGAACCAGCCUCCUGUGAAGCCCGAGCUGCGCAUCAUGGAUGUCAAUAUGACCGGGACUCUUUACACCUGGAAGUUGGCGGUACACUACUUCCGCAAACAGUCGGAUACACCGGACCGAGACAGAUGUUUUAUUAUUACCGGGAGCAUGGUGGCGUGGAUUGACUCGCCUGCAAACUGGCAAUAUACAUGCAGCAAGUACGGCCUCAGAGGGCUGAUGAGGGUCGCUCGACGUAGCUCGUGGGAACAGGGAAUUCGCAUCAACUACGUUGCCCCAUGUUAUAUUAAAAGUGCCAUACGAUCGCCCGAGUACGAAGCAGAGUUAACCAAAAAGGGCGUAGAGUUUGCGCCACAGGAAGAUGUGGCAGAGUGUAUGAUGAAGCUGGCCACAGAUCGAACAAUUAACGGUCAUUCAUUGAUGGUCACGCCAAAGUCUGUAGCAAAGGAAGGCUAUAAAGAUGUGCAUAUGGAUGACCACAUUCACGCAGGGUAUUUCAAAAGAACGCAGGAGGUUCAGCUAAAAAUCAUCGAGGACAGAUCGGUUGAAGGAUGGAGCAAGACCCGGACCGCCGAGGGAGCGAGCAGAGUGAAUGGUAGUCAUUGA